UAGUUACGGAGACAUCACGAGGACUUUUCAUUUGUUGUGGAUCAUUGGUGGUGACGUCACAUCAACUGCCUUCGAACUUUCCUCAAUGCGCAUGAAAUCACAUGGUCCAAACAUCAGUACUUCACAGCCUGACUGUUCAGCCCCACCUACGGGCAGCAGGCAACUUCCACCCAGGCAGCCAGCCAGCGUGAUUUCGGCCGGGACUUUAAAAUGCCACUUCAUGGCUAUUUUGAUGCUCACUAGCGUCUGAGAGACAUCUCUGAAGCUGCCGCUGUCAUUACUAUGCCGUCACUUCCACUCCAUGUGGCCGUGGUGUGCCCAAACAACCAGAACCAGAGCAUGGAGGUGCAUAGAGUCCUGAGCAAACAAGGGUUCAACGUGAAGUCCUUUGGAACUGAGGGCUUUGUGAAGCUUCCUGGGCCCACACCUGACAAGCCAACCAUUUAUGAUUUCCAAACCAUGUAUGACAAAGUAUACCAUGAUCUGCUGAAGAAAGAUAGUGCCUUCUACACCCAGAAUGGCAUUUUACACAUGCUGGAUAGAAACAGGAAAAUCAAGUCUGGCCCUGAACAGUUCCAGAGCAGCAAAGACAUCUUCGAUGUGAUCUUCACAUGUAAGGAGCAUGUCUAUGACCAGGUGGUGGAAUACCUGAAUGCCAGGGAACAGGGUGUGUGUCAGCUGGUGCAUGUGAUCAAUGUGAACAUCCCUAACAACUACAAAAAAGCCACCCUUGGGGCCUUGCUCAUCUGUGAGCUCUGCCAUAGUAUCCAGCACAUGGAAGAUGUGGAUGAUGAGAUCACAGAGCUGCUGCAGAUGUUUGAGGUAAAGACUGGAAAGACCUUCCUGCACACCGUCUGCUUCUACUGAGGAGGACUGAGGGCCACCCUCUGAUGCUGCCUGAAGUGGUCCUUCGUUAAUGCUUGUUCCUGACAUUGUUUCUGCAUUUAAUAACAAUUAUGUUGCCAGAUAAACUGUGCUAAUGAAGUAAGUUGUAUGACUACUGGGUUUAAGAAGCAGUAGGAUGUUUGAAGAGUUGGAUAUCAAUAUGUUUUUCUCUUUAAAAAAUAUUUUAUCAUUAAUUUCCAAACGGUGUGUGUCUUCCUAUGCCUGUAAUUCCCUUCUGCAUUUACUGGACUGUACAAAUAGCUAAAAAAAAAGACUAUAUGUUAUGGGGGUGGGAACUAGGAAUUUUCAAAUACAUGUUCUUACUUGUCCAAAAUCAAUGACAAAAAAAAUCCUGUUUAAACUGAGCCUUAGAAGGAGAAAACAAACAGUA